AAUAAGUUCAAUAACAAUUGUAUAAACUGGUAUUUUAGUGUAAGCUAUUACCUUGGUACCCAGUGCUUGGCUGUUAGUGCAGGAAACAUAUAUUUAUGAAUAAUGUUAGGAACGUUUGUUUUGACUUUUAUUUUGAAUUUAAACCUGCCUUUCAGUCGCAGGUCUUUUUACUCCACUGUCAUUCUGCAUAGAAUUGCACUGCAGUUAAAGUGAUCAAAUUGACUAAAACUGGCUCUAAAUGUGGAAGAAGAUGAAAGAAACAGGUGAUACCUUGGAAAUGGCAAUUAUAUUUUUGCCAGCAGGUUUCCUCACAAAAAGAAAAAAUAUAUAUGAAAUGUUUUAUUAAAUAGUGCUUUAAAUUAAUAUCUUUUUGCAAGUGGAGAACAUGCAGUAGACAUAGGCUUUAAUUAACUCUAGGCUAGUAGUACAUAGUUCACUGUUUUAAAUAAUGCAAUUUUGAGUAGUCACAAAAGAGCCCAGAACGGGACUUUUAUUUAGUCAGAAGGCGUUUCGCCGUCCUGUGUUGUUGACUGCUCAGUGCUCACCGUGGCGAGCUUCACACAUCGCUGCUUUUAAUUCUAGGCACAUUCGCUGAGGAAUUUACCAGCCAUCAUCUUUUCUCCUUCACUGGUGUCGACGCUCUUCCCGAUUUAUUUUAACUUCCUUAACUGUACAGUUUUGUUCAAAAGCUUUGUAUAUCUUUUUAAAUAUACAAUUGUGCAUUUGUUUUCCCUGAUCAUAUGGAUUAAUUUGUCGAUGCCUGCUAAAAUUGCCUGGACACAUUUGUUCCACCUCACCAUGCAGAAUAUCCCGGCGAUAACGACACACUGCAAGGAUUAGUGUAGUUUCUGAAGAUCACUGCAUUUUUAUAGAUCAUAUUUACCGGAAUCGCUUUAUUCAUUUUAGCAGGUUUUUCUAAGAAAAGGAACAGGGAAGAAAGGAAAGAAGGACACCCUCAAGCAGAGCCAUGUCCUUCAGGAGGGGUGUUGUCAGGCAAAGUAAGUUCAGGCACGUGUUUGCCCAGGCUUGGAAGGCUGAGCAUUGCCUUGAUGAUGUCAGAGUAUCACGCGUGACAUGGGACGGUCCACUGUGCGCUGCCAAUCCGAAGUUCAUUGCUGUUGUCAUUGAGGCCGGAGGAGGCGGAGCCUUUCUUGUGCUACCGCUCGCCAAGAGCGGUCGAGUGGACCAGAACACCCCGACCGUGUGCGGUCACGCCGCUCCAGUUCUGGAUGUGCAGUGGUGCCCACAUGAUGACAAUGUUAUUGCCAGUGCCUCAGAGGACUGCACUGUCAAGAUUUGGCAGAUUCCUGACGGAGGUCUUACAUCUCCCAUGUCUGAAGCUGUUGUGACUCUUGAGGGCCACAGUAAAAGAGUGGGCAUCCUGGCCUGGCACCCUUCUGCUCUCAAUAUCCUGUUGACUGCAGGAUGUGAUAAUGUCCUGUGUGUGUGGGAUGUGGGCACCGGGGAGGUGGUGUACCAGCUGAGUGAUGCACAUCCAGACCUGAUAUACAGCGUGAGCUGGAACCGUGAGGGCAGCAUCCUGUGCACCACCUGUAAAGACAAAGCCUUACGAGUCAUUGAUCCCCGGCGUGGAACAGUUCUUAAGGUGCGUGAGAAGGCUCAUGAGGGCACCAGGCCGAUGAGGGCCGUGUUUCUGGCUGAUGGGAAAAUCCUGACAACCGGCUUCAGUCGCAUGAGCGAGAGACAGCUUGCCCUCUGGGACACGAGAGAUCUUUCUGAGCCAGUGGUUACUCAGGAAAUGGACACCAGUAACGGAGUUCUGCUUCCGUUCUAUGACCCAGACACCAACAUGGUUUACUUGUGCGGCAAGGGGGAUUGUACUAUUCGUUACUUUGAGGUGACAGAUGAGUCACCGUAUAUUCAUUUCCUGAGUCUGUACAGCAGUAAGGAGCCGCAGAGAGGUGCUGGUUUCCUAAGCAAACGAGGAGUAGAUGUCAACAAGUGUGAAAUAGCAAGGUUCUACAAACUGCACGAGAGGAAGGUUGAGCCCAUAUCUAUGACUGUGCCGCGGAAGUCUGACCUGUUUCAAGGGGAUCUUUACCCGGAUACGGCGGGAUUAGAACCCGCUCUACUGGCAGAAGAUUGGAUAGCAGGACAGGACGCUCCUCCAAUCCUUGUUUCCCUCAGUGGGGGCUACACGGCCCCUCCAUCCAAAUGUGGCACGCUCCGGGGUCGACCCAAGCUGCUCUCUCAGACCAACACUAGUCCCACCAGCACUACUGCGCCACCAAACCCUAUGGCAGUUGAGAUGGAGAGCGAGGGGUUGGGCCACAGAGAAGGAAGAGGGGAUGUAGAUGGAGGGAUAGAGAGAGUAAAGAAAGAGGAGGACCAACUUUCUGAUGUCCUGACGGAGAUUCGGGCGUUGCGUGCUCUGGUUCUGGCUCAGGGUCACAGGAUCGACGUCCUGGAAAGGCAGCUUGCCCGUUUUGAGGAUGGAGAAGUGUGAAGGAAACUACAAACAUAUCACAACACGUAGCCUUACCCAGAUUCAGAAAGCUUCACUGAAGGGUUAUGGGAAAUGUAGUUCCAUUACUGUGGCAUAGAGAUACAAAGAAGUAAUUGAGAUUUGAGCUUUAUCAGUAUACUUUGGUUUUUAAUGCACUGAAAUUCAAUAUUCUAAAUGCUGCUUAUUUUGUGCUUUUAAUAGGGCUGUUACAUCAGGUACUCACUACUGCUAACUACAGACUUUGAAGUCUAAAUUUGGUUGGGUCACUAUUUGCAUAAACAUGCAAACUUUAAAUAAAAAGCAGACUUGAUAAUCUCUUGUAGCCUGCAUUAAAACGGCAUUUAUAAACGCUUCUACUUAAUGAAAGUAGUUUGAAUCUUGAAACCUUCAGGAAAUGUAAUAAUCCAACAUGCUGAAUUUAUUCCUUUUUUUUUCACUAAAGUUCAAUGGUGUUUAUCAACAUAAGUACAUUGACUAGCACUGUUCUUGGGUUUAGCUGCCCUCAACAGCUCCUCUCUUCCAUUUGUAUGUCUUAACACAUGUAGCAUUGAUUUUUGGAUGUUUUUAGAGUUUAAUAUGUGGAUACGUGAGUAGCAUGUGAUAGAAACUGUACUUGGUGUUGAAGGAAUUUGUGAGCUAUCAAUAUAACGAAAAAACAUUAGAGCAAGAGUUUUGGUAAUGAAAAUAAUAGUGCAGAGCUUGUAGAAUGAAAAGAUGUCCA